UAUACUCUGUUAUCAAAUUUCGGAAUUUUCCAGAUCACUUUUUUUUAGUACUUCUCCACGAUUUUUUUCUUUUCAAACUUUUACCACAUAGUUUUUCAUUACAACUACGUUUUUUCAUUAUUUGUCAAUAAUAAUAUUAUUUUUAUUUAUAUAUAUAUAUAUAUAUAUAUAUAUAUAUCCACUGGUCAACGAUCAACAGUUAAAUAUUUCACCACGAUUCCGCUGUGCUGCAUACAGUGUUCAGAACUGUCGUGGUCGUAUAUUGCUAAUUUUUGUUAUCUCGUAAUUACCGAGAUUCCACAUAUCAAAUGAAUGUUAAUUAUUUGAUAUGCCAUCGGAAUUUGUUACGGUACAAAAAGUAGAACUGUCUACAUUAAAGUAUUCUCAAGUCAAUCAACGUCUUUUGUCCACUACUAAGUCGAUGGAAGACAUUCUAUAUCAUCUACGAUACAAUUUCGUCAAUCUUAAAAGUUCCUUAACAUUAUUACUUUGCCAAACCUUAGCAAAUAGAACAAGUCAGGUUGCUAAUAUAUUUUUCAAAACAGAUGGAAACGCAAAAUGGUAUCGAAAAUAUACCAUUGCCAAGCGAUUCACCAUUAAUCAGACAACCAAGAAGCCUAGAGAACACUGCACGAGUUGAAAAUCACGAUUCUUUUUUGUCCGACUGUCUUCCAAAGAAUAUUAUUUUAACUGAUUUAAUUCAUACAUUUAGACAACGAGCAAAAAGUCCUAUUUCAAAAAGACCUGUUGUUUUAAACACUUCAAAAUCAUUCAUUGAUGUUAAUGUGACUAGAACCGGUCUACGUAAUGUGGAUCUUUAUGAAAUAAUUUCACAAAUCGGUGAAGGUUCAUAUGGCCAAGUUUACAAAGCCAAAGAAAAAAAAACCAAUAAUUUUGUAGCAUUAAAAAAAGUAAGGUUAGAACAUGAAUCUGAAGGCUUUCCAAUAACAGCAAUAAGAGAAAUAAAAAUUUUAAGACAGCUGAAUCAUCCAAAUGUAGUUAGUUUAAAAGAAGUUGUUACUGAUAAAGAAGAUUCAUACGAAUUCAAAAAAGGUGGUGGGUCAUUUUAUCUUGUGUUCGAGUACAUGGAUCAUGAUCUUACUGGCCUAAUAGAAUCAGGCAUGGUAGAUUUUUCAGUGAGAGAUAAUGCCAUCAUUAUGCGUCAAUUGCUUGAGGGUUUAAAUUAUUGUCACAAGCAAAAUUUCAUUCACAGAGAUAUAAAGUGCAGUAAUAUACUGCUCAAUAACAAAGGUGAACUGAAACUAGCUGAUUUAGGUCUUGCACGGCUAUUUGACAACGAGCAAAUUCGUUUGUACACAAACAAAGUAGUUACCUUACGAUACAGACCACCCGAACUUUUAUUAGGAGAAGAGAGAUAUGGCCCAUCUGUAGAUAUCUGGUCUUGUGGAUGUAUCUUAGGAGAACUUUUCAUCAAAAAAAAUAUGUUUCACGGCAAAGAUGAAUUUGAUCAACUAGAGUUAAUAUCUCAGCUUUGUGGUAGUCCUUGUCCAGCAAACUGGCCAGAAGUUAUUAAACUGCCAUAUUGGAAGUUUAUAAGUCAAAAAAAACUAUACAAUCGAAAACUCAAUGAUCAAUAUGACUUUAUCGGAAAUGAUGCAUUUGAUCUAUUAGACAAAAUGUUAACUCUGGAUCCCAGUAAACGUAUCACUGCGGAGAAUGCAUUAACAUGUUCUUGGUUGGCCAACAUAGAUACCAAUACCUGCAUUUCAUUACCCACUUGGCAAGAUUGUCAUGAAUUGUGGAGUAGAAAACGAAAAGGUCGAUCAACCACUUCCAGGAACAACUCUUCUCUCCGUUCUAUGAAGAAAGAUCGCAAUCAAUCAGAGAACAAAACUCGAACUUAAAUUGUUAACACAUAUUGUAAUUUGACGAAUUUUAAUUAUUUUCAUUCAAGGGUAAAAUUCCUUAAAAUAAAAUACUUAAAAACUAUUA